UCACAUACUCAGUAAUAGAAGUCAGAAUUUCCAGAGAUGGAAAGGACCGGCACCAAGUGAUGUAGAACUUGGCUGAACAUAAAGACAAGCCCAAGGCAAUGCACAAAGCAGCACCUUAAUGAUCCUUCAUUUACUUCACUUUAUGAAUUCCAUUUGACCGAAUGGAUCAAUAUCUUAGAGGAGGAACAGGUGAAAGGUUCCUCCAGUUUAUCACCCUCACAAUUAACACCCCAAUUCUCUCAGCUGAGAUACUAACAUGAAAAUGAUUAACAUGAAGUUCUGGAUAAGAACCAAGGGAACUUUCCAUAGGUCUAUGAUAUAUGCAACUCCCAUCUCCCCACCUUCUGCAUGCAAUAAAAGUCAAUAUAAGCAUGGCAGAGCUGGAUGGGCUAUACCAAUCAUGGAAAAACAAGUCUACUGCCGGGCUCUUGUCUCUGCAAAUUGGCUCUCAGGAGCCCUAAAGUCCCGGCCUAACUUGAGGGUCCUGGACGCCACGUACGAUAAGGAUGCCCAGAAGCAAUUCUCACAGAGGCACAUCCCCAAGGCAAGAUUUUUUGACCUGGACCAGUGCAAAGACCAGACUUCACCUUAUGAGGUGAUGUUGCCCAGUGAGAGACAUUUUGCCCAAUAUGUAGGCAGCCUUGGCAUCAAUAAUGACAGCCACGUUGUGGUUUAUGACACUGAUAAGAUGGGCAUGAUAUCGUCCCCCAGGGUCUGGUGGAUGUUUCGGGUAUUUGGGCACAAGAAUGUCUCAAUUUUGGAUGGUGGGCUUCAGAACUGGCUGAAGCAGGGGCUUCUUGUAACACCAGAGAAUCCCCAGUAUGGACCUGAGACCUUCCGAGCAAAGCUGGACCCCUCUCUGUUGAAGAGAUUCGAAGAGAUUCAGGACAAUAUCAGCAGCAAGUGUUUCCAGCUGGUGGAUGCCCGGUCAGCGGGGAGAUUCAGGGGCCCAGAGCCAAAGCCUGGGGAAGGCAUUGAACCCGGACACAUCUCUGGUGCCGUCAAUCUUCCCUUCUCCAGUUUUCUAACCAAUGAGGGUUAUGAGAAGUCACCUGAAGAGAUCCAGCGUAUGUUCCAGGAGAAGGGGGUGGACCUGAACAAGCCAAUGACUGCAACUUGCCGCCGAGGAGUCACAGCUUGCCACGUGGCCCUGGCUUCUUUCAUUUUGGGCAAAGAGAACACAGCGGUCUAUGAUGGCUCCUGGUCCGAAUGGUUCCACCGGGCCAAACCCGAGUACAAGGUGUUUGAGAAGAACUAGAGAAGCAGAGGCAAGAU